UGACGUCAUGCAAGCAUAUCCCCCCCUUCCAGUUUAGUGCCGCGGCUGCUGUGUGUCUGCAGCAAAAACUCAGAGAGAAAACAGGAAAAGAGCUGAGCGCAGGGAGGGGCACUUUCGGAGGAAUUAGUACCACCGCCGGCACCGCAACAACCCCCAGUACCUUCGGAAUACGCGUUCUGGGGGGAUAAGAUCGGGAGCUCGGAUUUGCACUGCUUCUUUCUUUCCCUUGUUUUCUUUUUUACUGCCAGGACCAGAGAGGAAGAGAGCACUGAUUUAUUUAUUUAAUUUUUUUGCAUCAGGGCGCUUUUCUUUCUCUUCUCUUCCUCUCCAUUCCACACCCUUCUUUCUUUCCUUUGUCCGGUGCUGCUGAUCCAAGAGAGCUGCCGAGAAAACAACAACAACAACAGCCUUCCCCUUCUUCCCGAGAUGCCUAGCUCCCUGUUCCCCGAGCUGGAGAGGAAUGGCAGCGGCAGCAGCCAGGGGGUCGACGCCCUGGACGACCAAAGAGCUCUGCAGCUCGCGCUGGACCUCAACCUGCUCGACCUGGACGAGAACCCCGCGUGCGACAACGAGCCCCGGAAGAAGAGCGUGAACAUGACCGAGUGCGUGCCUGUGCCCAGCUCCGAGCAUGUGGCCGAGAUCGUGGGCAGACAAGGUUGCAAGAUUAAAGCCCUGCGUGCCAAGACCAACACUUACAUUAAAACACCGGUGCGAGGAGAGGAACCCGUGUUUGUAGUGACAGGCAGGAGGGAGGAUGUAGCCAUGGCGCGGAGGGAAAUCAUCUCAGCAGCUGAGCAUUUCUCCAUGAUCCGAGCAUCACGAAACAAAAACAGCAGCAUGAAUGGGAGUGGCAGCGUUCCUGGGCCGCCCAACUUACCAGGUCAAACCACCAUUCAAGUCCGAGUGCCAUACCGCGUUGUAGGGUUGGUGGUGGGACCCAAGGGAGCCACGAUCAAGCGCAUCCAACAGCAGACGCACACCUAUAUCGUGACCCCGAGCCGAGACAAGGAGCCUGUGUUUGAGGUAACAGGCAUGCCGGAGAAUGUGGACCGCGCACGUGACGAGAUCGAGGCACACAUCGCUAUGCGCACAGGUGCUGGACUGAUCGAGUUUGCUAAUGCUGCUGAUGAUAAUGACUUCCAUGCCAAUGGCACAGAUGUGGGCUUUGAAAUGCAUGCAGCUAGUGCCAGUAGUCAUCACGCCAGCCUUUGGGGCAAAACUAAUGCUAGUGCUAGUGCCAGCGCCACGCCCAGCCUUGGACGCAAGCCCUUCGCCAGCUAUCGCAACGACAGCUCCAGCUCUCUAGGUAGCGCCUCCACUGACUCUUACUUUGGCACCAACUAUAGCCCACCAAGUCCUGCACUGAGCUACAACAACAAUAACAACAACAACAACCUGACCAUCAAUGGCAACUCGUUUGUUUACGGCAGCGAGAUUGUAUCUCCUGACUGUGCUGAUCUCGCGUUCGAUUCCUCGCCUGGAUUUGAUCCAUCGCCUGGUUUGAUUUGGUCUCAGUACGAACGUAGCAUGAGCUUAACAAACAGUGCUACAUCAGCCUCCAUAUUCUCUUCCAAUGCUUCCUCGAAUGCUAAUGGGAUUCUGGCCAAUCAGAGGCGGAUCAAUGGGAUGAACUGCUCCACCCAACCCCGUUUAUCUCCGCCCCUUCAUCAUGUGGGUGGGAUCAGUGAUCAUCCACUGGCUCGGAGGGUACGCAGCGACCCAGGUGGGGGCUGCUUAAAUUUCCCAGGCUACAACAACAUAGCUUCCCAUCUCCCAGGGUUGCCCUCGGAUUCGUCCGCGUCCUCCUCUUCUUCAUCAUCUUCCUCUUCCUCCUCUUCCUCUUCCUCGGGAACGAGCCGUAAAGGCAGCCGGGACUGUUCGGUGUGCUUCGAAAGCGAGGUGAUCGCUGCCCUCGUGCCAUGCGGCCAUAACCUCUUCUGCAUGGAGUGUGCCAACCGCAUCUGCGAGCGCAAUGACCCUGAAUGCCCCGUCUGCCAUGCAGCAGUUACUCAGGCAAUACGUAUAUUUUCAUAAUUAAAUAAACGAUUCAGAAAUGAUGACAAAGACUUGACUAUGAUAGCAACAAAGAUAGCACCACAACAGAACAUUUAACCACAAACUCCUGUUAUGGCUUUAUGAAACUCCUAAUAAUAAUGCGUUUAUCAUACGUGUAUAUACAUAUGUAUGUGAAGCUGCAGUAUCCAAAAAAAGUGAAAGCCGAACGAGGGCUCUGGUGUCAUUUGCUUAUACUGUAGCUCGGGACGAACAAUUUCAACCUCUAAUGCAUGUUUUAAAUGUAUUUAAAAGCCUAGUAAUCUACAUAGUUCUAGUACGCAGACAAAGUUUUCCGCAAAGUCCGGAGAAGGGCCGCAAAAGCCUGGCCAAAGGUACGUGAGUCAGCGUGUAGACUGUUAACAAAGUCAGGCCUUUUGAUUUCACCAAGGGAUCGGAAACACAUUGAUAGACUUACGGCAGCGACGAUACUGCAGCGAGUCCAAGGCGGAGUGCUAACAUAUCCUGCGUGCACACACACACACACACACACACACACACACACACACACACACACAUAUACAGUAUAUAUACAAACAAAGGAACCAACGAAAUCCACACGUUUUAAAUAUUAAUUACAUUAAUACAGAUUGAAGUAUUUUAUUCUUUUUUGACUUGAAAGAUUAUAUUUCAUAUGGCAAAGAUGUUUACAGAUAUUUUAAUUUAAGUUCAGUGAACUUUUUUGUAGCUGGGUUCAAAUAUGGUUUAUUUUUUAGUAUGGCCUUUAGGCAACGAACACUGUAUUAUUUUAAUAUCACAUGGAAAAUGUGGAUGGAUGAUCUGAAACACGGCGUGUACUUACAUUUAACAGUAUUCUGUUGGGACUGAGGGUUUCUAGGUUCAGCAAAAAAAAAAAAAACUUUUAAAUUUGUUUCACCCAGCAUAUUUUUUAUUCAGUAAUAUAAAGCAUAUUUUAUUCUAUAUUAUUACAAAGCAUUCAAAUGUAUAAAACUUAGUAAGUUGGACAAAAGGAGACCAUUUAUGCUUUCUAAAAAUUUGUAUGAAUUAGAUUCCAGUGGGUAUUACAGACUUCUGUUGCACCACUAUAGUUUUAGUAUUUCUAUUUUAAUACGUUUGUUUACCACUUGUUUAUGUAUAUGUAGGUGAAGUUACUUGAGCGUAAAAGUACUUUAUUGAGCAAAGUUUAAAAACAAAGUAUAUUUUAUUUUAUGAUAAAAAAGGCCUUUAACCUCAUGGUCAAAUACUAAUAUUAUAUUUGCUGAAACAAGAUUUGAAAAAUGUAUCAAGAGUUUUAUUUUUCUGACAUUUAAAGUUCUACAUGAUAAAGUAAAACUUAAGUAAU